GGAAUGCGAAACAAAAUUGAAUCAGUUAAACGUAUGAUUUUCUGGACGUGGACGUUUUAGUUGACCAAGUUGGUUAGAUAAAUAGAAAAAAUUAGUUACGAAAUGAUCGCCGGUGAAUAUUGUUGACAGUAAAAAACGGUGUUGAGACAAAAAAAAUCGAAAUGUUUAGAAAAGUGGGAUCGAUUCUAGCGGUUAGCGGUUUCCAUCAAAUUUCCAAACGAGGGUUAGCUUUACGAAAAACUGACAAACCUCCAAAGAUAUUAAUUACUGGUGGACUGGGUCAACUGGGCAUUGAAUGUGCAAAGCUAUUGCGUUCACGAUAUGGCAGCGAAUCGGUUAUUUUAUCGGAUAUUGUUAAGCCCAGCGAUGAUAUAAUGGAAAAUGGUCCGUACAUUUUUUGCGAUAUUCUCGACUUUAAGGGACUGCAAAAAAUUGUUGUCAAUCACAGAGUUGAUUGGCUCAUACACUUUUCCGCUCUUUUGAGUGCCAUAGGAGAGCAAAACGUUCCGUUAGCUGUAAGAGUAAACAUUGAAGGUGUUCACAAUGUUAUUGAAUUAGCCAAACAGUACAAUUUACGCAUUUUUGUUCCGAGUACAAUUGGUGCAUUUGGGCCGGAUAGUCCUCGGAACCCCACUCCAAACGUAACAAUUCAACGACCGCGCACAAUUUAUGGUGUUUCGAAAGUCCAUGCUGAACUAAUUGGAGAGUAUUAUCACCACAAGUUUGGUUUAGAUUUCCGUUGUUUGCGAUUUCCCGGUGUUAUUUCGAGCGAUCCUCCAGGCGGUGGCACUACAGACUAUGCGGUCGCAAUUUUUCACGAUGCACUUCGACAUGGAAAAUAUCAAUGUUACCUCAAACCGGACACUAGAUUACCAAUGAUGUACAUUGAGGAUUGUUUAAGGUCACUCCUUGAAUUCAUGACUGCUCCAAAGGAGAAACUACAACGCCGUGUAUACAAUGUAACAGCAAUGUCUUUCACUCCAGAAGAAUUGGUCGAUAAAUUAAGUAAAUACGUUCCCGAGCUACGGGUUACAUACAAUCCAGACAGUCGUCAAGAAAUCGCCGAUUCAUGGCCACAAGUUUUCGACGAUUCAGAAGCUCGAGCAGAUUGGAACUGGAAACCUAAAUAUGAUUUAGAUGCAUUGGUUGAGUUUAUGGUUAAGGAUGUUCGGGACAAUUAUAUCAAUGGGAAUGGUAAAAAGAGAUAAAAUGUGUUCGGGGUGUAUGUAAGAUGUCAACAGAAAUUAGAGUAAAUCAAAAUAUGGUUGUUCAAUCAGACAAAUGUUUUCACGUUUUGUAGAAAAAAUACUCGCUCAGAGCACGUUCUAUAGACGGCUAUGUCAUCUGUUAUCGGGAGAAUUUAAAUACUUCAGUAAAAAAACUAAUGAAGUAGUAGAUGGGGCAUCGAUUUUUUUUUUUAAUAUUUUAGAUCAAUAAUACUAGUUUACUCGAUACCAAUUUGCUGGUCGUCUUUAAAAGGUUAAUAGAAAACGUACUCGCAUUUAAGAGUAGGAUUGUCUUUGGUAAAGAAUCAUCUUUAGAAAAAUGUUUCAAAUAUUUAGUGUUU